AUGUGGGGGCUCGGGUGCGUUAUGGCGGAGCUUCUAAGCGGUGAGACUCUCUUCCAGGCGGAGAGCGAGUACGAGAUGACUGCCGAAAUGUCCGAGUUGCGAGAUAGGAUGACCUCUGCUGCGGGAAAGCUCGACCCUGAGUGUUUGAAAGAUCUGUCGGAGAAUAGGCGUGAUGUGCUCUCAGGCCUGCUGGCCUUCUGCCCGGAAAAGAGGCUGACCGCAGCGGAAGCGCUUGAGCACCGGUGGUUCAACAAGGCACCCUUAAAUUGA